UUUAUUUUUACCCCAAACAAAUGAAUAGGAAAUAAUGUUUGCGUUUAGUUUUCUGUUUGAAUCAAGUUUUUUAGUUGUUUCCCGGCGGAACAAAUUCGUGGACGGACUCACUUCCGGUCCUUGAGUAUUUUGGUCCUCUAGAGCGGCGACUUUAGCUUUAAAUGGCUUCGUUUGGUAAAGUGAAAACACUCAUUGAGUUUUAACUCUCAGUUUGUGUUAAAUAUAAACUUUUUUGUUGGAUAUUGUGUUCAAAACAAUGACGGAAUUUGGCCCAGAUUCCGGUGGGCGCGUAAAGGGAGUGACAAUAGUGAAGCCAAUUGUGUUUGGGAAUAUUGCCCGCUUCUUUGGGAAGAAGAGAGAGGAUGAUGGACACACGCAUCAGUGGACUGUUUAUGUGAAACCUUACAGGAAUGAGGAUAUGUCUGCAUAUGUGAAGAAGAUCCAGUUCAAGCUCCAUGAGAGCUACGGAAACCCACUAAGAGUGGUGACUAAACCUCCCUAUGAGAUCACAGAGACAGGCUGGGGGGAGUUUGAGAUCAUCAUCAAGAUCUUCUUCAUAGAUCCCAAUGAGAGACCUGUGACUCUGUACCAUCUGCUGAAGCUGUUCCAGUCUGAUUCCAGUGCCAUGCCCAAGAAGACGGUUGUCUCUGAAUUCUAUGAUGAAAUGAUAUUUCAGGAUCCUACGGCUAUGAUGCAACAGCUGCUAACUUCAUCCAGACAACUCACCUUGGGAGCCUACAAACAUGAGACCGAGUUUGGUGAACUAGAGCAGAGAACCAAAGAGAAACUGGAAGCAGCCAAGAAGAGGACGAGCCAGGAAAUCGCAGAGUUAAAAGACAAACUGAAAGCCAGUCGAGAAAACAUAAACCACCUUAAGACAGAGAUCCGAAAACUGGAGGAAGAUGGAGACCACAAAGAACACUGAGAAAUCACAAACAAUAUUUAUUUUCCCAGGAUUCUUUUUCAGUCUAUAUUUAAGCUAAGAUUUUUGUGUCUUAAUAAAUAUACCAUUUGUAAAUAGUUUACAUAUUAAAUGACGUCUGCUGCCAUAAAUGACUGAAAUAUGUCGAAUAAAAGGUGUUGAAGGAUGUGUUGAA